AUGCUUAUAAGAUUGCUAGCAGGCAUCAACAUCACAUACAUUACAUUUAUUGAGUGCAAAGAUGCGCUGGAAAACUUUAGUCCUGACAAAUAUGAUCUUAAAAUGUCAAAAUUAGACUCCGUCUAUGCCAACCAGCAGACCCCUGAAAAUGACAUUGACAACUCGGUUGCAUUGGAAAAUGAAAAAAUGAAGAGGUUUGAAACGCAGGUUGAAACCUUGAAGGGAUUUAUGGACAUUGACAAUCUUUAUCCAGUCACCAGCAGAAAAUUGUGGGAGGCCAUCUACAAGUUCAUUAUUGAGCACCUCAAGGAGCUGGUAAAAGAUGGCAGACUGGGAUUCACAUUCUAUAUUAGAUACAAUUUCUGUCUGUACAUCAUUCCGCUGCUUCCCACGGAGUAUGUUCUUGUCUUUCCAUCGUUCUACCAUGUCAUAAUUCCUGAAAAGGUUAAGAAGUAUCCGCUUGUAUUAAAAUUCUUAACAGGGCUGGAAAACUUCCUGAAGCUUGUGAAAAAGAAAAGCAAAGUAGAAGUCCUACCUGCAUUUAUGGUUUCAAAAACAUUUACCUCGGAAAAGGACAUUGAGAUUAUAAAGCAAAUACCCGACUUGAUACGCACAGAUCCAUUUAAAAUUAUAAAGUGGCUUAUUGACUUCAAAAUCGAGCCUAUUGGCGUAGUUUAA